AUGAAGGCCGUCGCUGCAUUCGCGCUCCUUGCGGCUGGCGCGAGGGCUGCUCCUCAUUACACCUUCCCGAAGCUAGCGGGCACCGCCGACUGGUCCUCCGUCCGCAUGACGGCCAACUUCCAGUCCAACGGCCCCGUCACGGACGUCAACUCCGACGCCAUCCGAUGCUACCAGCAGGCUACCGGCGGCGCCGCGGAGACUACGGAGGUCAAGGCUGGUGGCACGGUUACCUGGGUUGCUAACCCGAAUAUCUAUCAUCCUGGAGGGUAUGUAUGGACUCUCUCCGCCUACAUGGCCAAGGUCCCCUCGGGCCAGACGGCCGCUACCUGGGACGGCAGCGGUAAGGUCUGGUUCAAGAUCUACCAGGACAUGCCCACCACGUCCGGCGGACAGUACACUUGGCCUUCGAACGGCAAAUCCCAAAUCCCCUUCACCGUCCCGCAGUGCCUCGCCGAGGGCGACUACCUCUUCCGCGUCGAGCACGUGGCGCUACACUCGGCGUCAUCCGCCGGCGGGGCGCAGUUCUAUCUGUCCUGCGCGCAGCUGCGCGUCACCGGUGGUGGCUCCGGCUCCGCGAAGGAACCUGGUGAGUUGGUCUCGUUCCCCGGAGCGUACAAGGCGACGGACCCGGGCAUCAUGAUCAAUAUCUAUAAUAAUGGCGGCAAGGCGUAUCAGCCGGCGGGGCCGGGGGUGUUUAGUUGUUAG